AUGUCUUCACCCCCCUACUUCCUCCACGACCACUCAGUCUCCUCCUACGCGCAAAAAAUCCGCAUGGCCCUCCGCCUCAAAUCCCUCCCCUUCACCUCCAAAACCCCACCCAACCUCGGCUCAGGCGAAGCAAACGAAGCCUUCUUCAAAGCGAACCCACGCAUGGAAGUGCCCGCCCUCAUCGACGGGGACUUUGCGAUUUUCGAUUCCACUGCGAUCUUGAUGUACCUCGAAGACAAGCAUCCCGAGCUGCCGUUACUGCCAAAGGACCCCAAAGUUAGAGCGGAAGCGCGCAUGAUCGAGGAAGUCUGCGAUACGCAUUAUGAAGCUAUUAAUUGGUCCGUCGGGGAGGUAAAGUGGUGCCAACGUGCCACGGGUCCUGAAGCUGAGCGGCUCCUCGCUGCUGCGGAGGAACAGACUGCGCAGUUGCAGGAAUGGUUAUCCGCGAAGUUGGGUUCGAAGGAGUACUUCAAUGGUUCCUCCCCAGGCUAUGCCGACAUCGCCGUUGCGCCUAUCUUGAAUCGUAGCGUUCACUACGGGUAUGGUCCGAAGGAAGGGAGUCCAUUGCAGCUGUGGCACGCUAAGAUCAGUGAGGUGCCGGCGAUCAAGGAGACGUUCGCGGAAAUGACGGCAGGGGCGAAACAGAUGGCGAGCGGGGGGUCGAGUACGUUUGCGAAGGGCAGUGGGAGGAAGAGGGAGUACAGGGAUCAUAGACUUGAGUGGAUGGUGAAGAAUGGGGCGAUUGGAAUUGUGCAGAAAGGACUUGAGGAGGAGACUGUGAGGUUUGGUUGGCCGCAUCCGAAGGCGUAG